GCGGGCCUCGGGGUUCCAUUUCCCAGAAUGCCUUCGAAGGCCUUGGUUCUCCUAGCAGGUCUCGUGCGGAUUUGAGAGGAGUCGUCUUUCCGUCGCUCGGAGUCCCACCAGGGUCCGCCUUACACCUUCAGGCCCAGGUGUGGCGGAGCCCCGGGUGAGUGGGGAGGGAGGGAGAGAGAGAGAGAGAGAGAGAGAGAGAGAGAGAGAGAGAGAGAGUGCGCACGCGCCUCCUCCCGCCAGCCGCUCCGUGCCCCCUCCUCCAGCCGCGCGGCCCAGCAGGCGGACGGCCGAGCAGGCAGAAGAGGGGACCGCGCAUGCGCCCCCCCCCCCCCGUGAUUAGACGGGGAGGGGAGCGCGCACGCUCAGAACCUGAUUUUCCCCCCCUCCCCCUCCCAACCUGAUUGGUAGGCUGUCGUUCCUUUACUCCAGAAGCUGUUCCGGCUCCCUAGUACCCCAGGGACAAUUCUUCAGCGUCGGUUUGGGGCAUUUGGCGUUCCGCACCACCCCCCCGACCCAGCUUACUUUGGGCAGCCGGGGGGCGCCAUCAGGGUGUGCAGAGCGCUUGGCUCUGAAUUCAAAUCUUGGGCAGUUCACCUCCUCUGCCUUGGUUUGCUCGUCUAUAAAAUGGGGAUAAUAGCAGCCCCCAGGGCUGUUGGGGGGAGGGGCUGACUUCAGUGUAUACAGUAGGCACUUAAUAAAUGUCAACAGUGAUGAUUGUUACCACGCCCCCCCCCAUCCAGGACAGUCCAUCCAAGGGGCUUCUCACUGCCCAGCUUCACCUUCGGGGGGUCUCCCCCUUGCUUGUGGGCAGCAGGACCAUGCCCAGCAGUGAGGGAGGACGGACCCGCCCCCUGGAGCCCCCUCCCCAGCAUCACCUUGUGCCACCUUGGUCUCCGUGGUGACGCGUCCCCUGCUCCUGACCAGGACGUGCACGUAGUAGGUGCACAGAGGGCAGCCCGUGGGUCUGGGGGCAGGACCGGGGUCCCCACCCCCCACGGGAGCCUCUGCGGAGUGAGGUUUGGCUGCUCGAUGGGGGCCCCAGUGACGGCCUCCCCCGUCUGUUCCUGCCACGCUUCUUGAGUGAAAGGCGCUCCUGACUUGAGUCCCCGGAGGCGCCACAGUGUGCGCCGCAGCGGGGGCCCGAGUUCAAAUGCAGCCUCAGAAGCUUCAUCGCUGCGGGGCCUCCAUGGGGCCAUGAUAGCACCCCGUGGCCUCGGUUUGUAGUGAGGAUCCAAGGAGGGAAUUAUUUGUAAGUCACUGAGCCCAGGGUCUGGCACAUAGUAGGGCCAUAAUAAACACUUGUAGUUGCAGCCCCCGGGUGGGACAGGGUUAAGUCCUCUUGCUUUUGACAGCCUGGUCUGCGGCUUCAUUGGAAGGAGGCCUCCCCAGCCCCUCCGCGAGGAGGAGCCUCCUGCCUGAGCCCUGUCCCCAGAGUCCCCGGGCAGCUCCCGGCCCUGCUCCCCGCAGGCUUGGGCAGAGAGGCGAGCCUCCAGAAGUGGGGGGCCCCAGGUACCCCACGAGUCUAUCAGACGCGUGUUAAGUUCGCCCUGGUGCCAGCCCCAAGGGAGAAGCUUAAAUGAAGAAGGAACAUCCUGACGUGGACCCACGACUCUGUCCUGAGAUACAGCGUUGGGACCUUCUCUGGCCGGGAUUGGCAGCUCCGGGGUGGGGAGGGAGAGAAGAAGGAAGUGGGGGGAGUGGGGGAGGCAGGGCCGGCCUGUGUCCCUAAUGACUCCUUCCUCCUCCAGCUCAGUCUGAGACUCCAUGAGGAUGAAGAAUGAGGAAGGUCUGACUCCUGGGCCUCUCCAAGCCCAGAUUCAGGAGUCCGUGACAUUCAAGGACGUGACCGUGGACUUCACCAGGGAGGAGUGGAGACGCCUGGAGCCCGCCCAGAGGGCCAUGUACAGGGACGUGACGUUGGAGACCUACGAGAACCUCACCUCCCUGGGUAUAAGUGUUCCCAUUUCCAAAAGGGACUUGAUCUUCCUGUUGGAGGAAGGAGGAGUCCUAUCUGGGCCCAAGGGAAGAAUCCACAGGGACACCUGUCCAGAUUCUUUUAUUGAAGAGGCCAGGUUUGAAAGAAAGAACUCAAGUCUGAUACAAGGCAUUCACAUGGGAGCAUCAUAUAAAAAAGGACUGCCAAAGGAUAGUCCUCAGAAUUCCAAGAAGAGAGAAACAAGGAGAUUUGAAGUUAUUGUAGAGAAACAGAAAGAUAACCAGCAGAGACAAUCCAGACUAGUAACAACUACCCAUGGCAAAACUCCUAAUAAAGUGUGUGCCCUUCAUUGUAAUACAUUGAGGAGAAGUUUACCUUUGGGGUCAGGCUUUGUUGCACUAAGGAAAGGCACUACGGGGAAAAGUCUCCAUAAAUAUAAGAAACUUGGAAAAAGCUUCAAGGAUUUUUCCAACCUAUUUACAUGCAAUACAUCCUUCUUAGAGAAGAACCUCCCUAAGUAUACAAAGUACAAGAAGCCCUUUAGUUACCACUCAGAUCUAAUUAAGUUUCAUAAAAUACGUGCUGGGGAAAGACUACAUGAACACAGUGAGGAUGGAACAACCUUUGGCAAAAGAUCAAAUCUUACUGAACAUAAGACAAUUCAUAUUGGAAAGAAAUAUUACAAUUGCAAUAAAUACGGGAAAACUAUUGGAACCUUGACUAAAUAUAAGAGAAUUCAUACCAGAGGAAAAUACUUUGAAUGUAGUGAAUGUGGCAAAGACUUUAGUCUGGCGUCAAACCUUAUUAUACGUCAGAGAACUCAUAUUGCAGAGAAACCCUUUAAAUGUAAUGACUGUGGGAAAUCCUUCAGUAUAAGGGGAAGACUUAAUAGACAUAAGAGAAUUCAUAGUGGAGAGAAACCUUUUCAAUGUACUGAGUGUGGGAAAGCCUUCAGCCAGAGGGGACACCUUACUAAUCAUCAAGGAAUUCAUAGUGGAGAGAAACGCUUUAAAUGCAAUCAAUGUGGGAAGAGCUUUAGCCAGAAGGGGCAUCUCAUUAAUCAUCAAGGAGUUCACACCGGAGAGAAGCCCUUUAGAUGUAAUGAAUGUGGGAAAGACUUCAGCCAAAGGGGAAACCUUAUUGCUCAUCAGAGAACUCAUACUGGAGAGAAACCCUUUGUGUGUAAGGAAUGUGGGAAAGCUUUCAGUGAGAGGGGAAACCUUAUUACUCAUCAGAGAACUCAUACUGGAGAGAAACCCUUUGAGUGUCAUGAAUGUAGGAAAGCCUUCAAAGACAGGGGAAGCCUUAAUAGACAUCAGAGAACUCAUACUGGAGAGAAACCCUUUGAGUGCCAUGAAUGUGGGAAAGCCUUCAAGCACAGGGGAUCCCUUAUUGAUCAUCAGAGGAAUCAUACUGGAGAGAAACCCUUUAAAUGCUAUGAAUGUGGAAAAGCCUUUAGCCGGAAAGGAAUCCUCAUUCAUCAUCAGAGAACUCAUACUGAAAAGAAGCCUUUCAAAGGCACUGAAUAUUCAAUGACCUUCAAGAAUAAGGGAAACCUUAAUAGACAUCAGAUAAUCAAUGCUGAAGAGAAACCCUUCGAAUGUGAUGAAUGUGGGAAAGCCUUUAGCCAGAGGGGACUACUCAUUCACCAUGAGAGAACUCAUACUGGAGAGAAACCCUUUGAAUGCAAUGAAUGUGAGAAAGCCUUCAGUAGCAGGGGAAGCCUUAACAGACAUCUGAGAAUUCAUACUGGAGAGAAACCCUAUGAAUGUAAUGAGUGUGGGAAAGGCUUCAGCCAGAAAGGACACCUCAUUUAUCAUCAAGGGAUUCAUACUGGAGAUAAACCCUUUAAAUGUAGUGAAUGUGGAAAAGGCUUCAGUUGGAGGGCAAGCCUGAUUACCCAUCAGAGAACUCACACUGGAGAAAAACCCUUUGCAUGUAAUGAAUGUGGGAAAGGCUUUGGGGAGAGGGGAAACCUUACUACCCAUCAGAGAACUCAUACUGGAGAGAAACCCUUUGAAUGUAAUGAAUGUAGGAAAGCCUUCACUCAGAGGGCAGGCCUCAUUACCCAUCAGAAAACUCAUAUUGGAGAGAAACCCUUUAAAUAUAAUUAAAGUGGCCAAACCUUUGAUGAGAGUAAAAUACCCAAAAGCUAUCAGAUAACUUGUACUAGAGAGAAGCACUUUGAAUAUAAUUAACAUGGGAAACUUUAUUGGGAUAGGCCUUGGCAUUCCAAGGACUAUCAGAAGACAUCAGCGAAUACAUGCUGAAGUAAAACUGAUUCUUAUGUAAUGAAUAUACUUUUUUCCUGGAAAUACUCAGAAGACAUUAAGGAGUUCGUACGGGAGAUGAGCCCUUGGGAUCUUAUAAAUAUGGGAAAGCUUUCUCCUAGAGGGGACAUCUUAUAAUACCUUAUUGAGCAUCAGAAAUACUUUCCAUGUAAUGAAUGUGAAAAAAGCUUCAACAGGAUGUCAAAAAUUAUUACUCUCCAGAGAACUCAUCCUGGAGAGGAACCCUUUUUGUGUUAUAUACGUAGCAAGGCAUUCAUCCAAGGGGCAAAACUUAUUACUCAUCAGAGAAUGCAUACUGGGAAGAAUAUCUUUUAAUAUGAUGAUUGAGAAAGUCUUAAGACAGAGGGAACACCUUAUUAGACAUCAGAAAAUUCAUAAUGUAGUAAACUUUUAAAUAUAAUGAAUAUGAGAAAGGUUUCAGCUGGAGGAGAUACCAUUUUUUUUAACAAUUUUUUAUUGCUAGCUUUGGUUUUUCUGUGUUUCCCAAUGUGUCAGCUUCUCCUGACCCCCUUCCAGAAAGCCAUCAAAAGAAAACAUACGGAAAAAAAAAACAUACAAAAGAAAAAGUGAUCCAUUAAAAUGGAACAACACCCCGAAUAGUCUGACAUUAGAUGCAGUGUUGCAUACUCAUUGUCAUCCACCUUUGUAAAGAAUCAGUUUCCUUUUCAUAUUUCUUCUUCAAGGCCAAGCAUGGUUAUAAUUUCAUAACAUUUAGUUUAGACUUUUAUUGUUGUUGGUUUCAUUUACUUUCUUCUGGUCACCUCACAUGUUGUUUUCUUGGGUUUUACUUUACUUUGCAUCAGUUCAUAUAAAUCUUCCCAUGCUUCUCUGUAUUCCUUAUAGUCAUCAUUUCUUACAGCACCUUAAUAUUCCGUUACAUUCAUGCACCAUAACCUGUUUAGCCAUUCCCACAUCAGUGGUUAUCUGCUUUGUUUCCAGUUAUUUGCUACCUUGAGAAGACACACCUUCCAUUAGCAACAUAUACUAGAGAGAAAUUGUUUUCUUUUAACGAACAUGGGAAAGGCUUCAGCCGGAGAGGACUCCUUAUUACUGAACAGAGAACUCUUAUUGGUGUAAAAUCACAUUUAGUGAGAGACCAUUCAGUGAAAGUAGAUUACUCAGAAUCCAUCAGAUAAUUCAUACUAGGUAAGUGGAAGGAAAUAAGCAUUAUUACUAAGCACCUACUGCAUGCCAGCCUACACUUGCUAUGCUAAACACUUUUACAAACAUCUCAUUUGAUUUAAAUAGAAAUCCUUUAAAUAAUGAAUAAGAACUCCUUCAGCCAGAAGGCAAACCUUCAUCUAUUCAUCAAACUAUUCAUCAGACAACUAUUCUUGGAGACAAACAUUUUCAAUGUAGUGCAUGUGAGAAAGCCUUUGCUGAGAGUGGAUGCUUGAGGGGUGCUAAAAUAGUAUCACAGAAUUCAUACUGGAGCAAGAUUCUUUGAAGGCAGUUCAUGUAUACAAGCCUUCAGUGAGCACAUGCUAUAUUGUACAUCAGGGAAUAUUUGUAUCAACUUUUUUUGAAUGCAGUGCCAUCAUCUAGGAUGGGUGUUGCCAAACGGAUGCCUGCUGAAUGGGGAAUGGUUAAACAAAUUGGGACAUGUGAAUAUAAUAGAAUGUUUCUGUGCCAUAAGAAAUGAUGAAUCUGAAGAAUUCAAAGAUAUGUAGAAAGCCUAAUGUGAACUGAUACAAAGUAAGUAGGACCAGGAACCCAACAUAUACAAGGACUACCAGGUAAAUGGAAAGAACAGAAAAACCUCACUGAAUGCUAUUGUUAACAAUUUUUACUGAGCCAAUCUCUAACCUGAGAAAUCUCGGAGCUGCACAAAGCAGGCCUAGAGCAGGAAUGCCAGUAAUCAAGUGGUUUAAUUAAUCAACUUCCGAGUGAGGAAUGUUCUAAUAGCUGAAGUAAAAGUGCAGGUUAUAGACUUAAGUCACAGGUGGAGAAGGAUGAGGGAGGGUGGAUUACAAAGUAUCAAUUAGUGGUUUACCAGGAAAAACCCACAAAUCCCAUAAUACAAUUCUGGAGUCAAGUCUUUGGGGGUCAUGACCACUACCCCUAGGGUACAGAGCCAGAGUUCUAUGGUGGGAACAGGUUCUUCAAUCUUUGAUUCCCUUAAGAUACACUGGCACAAGUAUGCCAGUGAUUGUGAGCAUUGUGAAAAUUUAUUUCAAGUUGCACUGCAAGCUUCUGACUCCUGAGCCAGAGAGGCAGCUCUUGAGUAAAUGAAAUUGUCAGUAUAUUAAUUACAUGUGCCAUAUCAAUUAAUAUAAAAUCAUAAUUCCACACUAUGGAAUUAUAGUAACACAGCAUAACUAUGGGGAAUGAGAAAAGAUAUUGCCUUCCCUUAUUUGAGGAAGAAUGUAUUAUGGAUGUUUAACAUUGCAAUUACUAACAGAUUUGUUUGUUGUGUUGGAUAAUCUUGCUGAAAUACUCUUGUUUUUAGUGAUGGAGUGGAGACCUAGCCAAUAUGAAUUUGUUUCCCUGACUAUAUGUAUUUGUUGCAAGGAAGGACUUUUAUUUUCAGGGGUGGGGGGUGAAUGAAUGGGUAGAGAUAGUGACACAAAAAUGGAAGAAAGAAGCAUCAAUUAAAUGUUUUUAAAUCCUCUAAAGGAGACAACAGGAAGUUCAGAAAGGGACUGAAUCAGGGCAAUGUUAGUAUGAUUGCAUUGAAUUUAAUAUAUACUUUCUUUAAAAAUAGCUUAAUAUAUAGUAGAGAUUCAGUGUCAUGUACAGUCCUGUUUUUUGUAUGUAAAAUGUUCAUGCUGCUAGUUGUGAAGUUAAUAGUAAAACAAGAAAAUUUAA